UAUUAGAAAAUCAUAGUAAAAGAUAGUGAUAAGUUUGUUUUUAGUUGACUCUCGGAAAAAUUGUUUGAUGAAUGACUGAUUUUGAAGGAUUUGGAAAAAAAGUUUUAAUCAAUAUUCAAAAAUUUUUGUGCCAAUAGGAUUUUUCUCAUAUUUCGAAUUCAUGUCUGAACAAAUUUGGCAUGGCAUGAUGAGGCAGACAGUACAAGAACAAAAGAGCUAUAACUUAUAGAAGGGGUUGUAACAAAUGCAAAGAUUUUAAAGAAGACUUUCCAAGCUAUGGUUUGAGAACAGGAAAAGCAAGAUGAAUAUGGAGGUGUUUAUAAUUCUAAUAUUAUUAGUUGUUGUUGUAUCCAGUCAGUCACCAAUAGUAUUACAGUUUUCUGUGAAGGAGGAAUUAGAUCCACAGGUCAUUGUUGGGAACGUCGGACAGAAAUCUAACUUAUCCGAUACAUUUACAUUCAGAUUCAUAACAACUUACCAGAACUUUGAGAUUGAUGAAAACUCUGGAAUAUUAAGUACUGUUCGUAAACUGGACCGUGAAACACUUUGUCCAAAUCAAUUGUUGUGUAGACAACAUCUUCGAGUGACAGCCAUGAGUGGACCUAAUGUCAAAACUAUAGUUAUUUAUGUUGAUAUUUUGGACGUUAAUGACAAUUCACCAUCCUUUCCUGUUACUUCUAUGGCAAGGAGUAUUGCAGAAAAUCUUCCCAUUAAUACAACCAUUACAUUGGUUGGAGCCACUGACCCUGAUAUGGGGGUCAAUAACUCUGUUCAAAGUUAUGAGAUCGUUCCAGCUCUAAAUAUAUUUGCACUUGAUAUUCAUCCGAAACUUGACGGGACUUCUGAGGUUAUUUUGAGAGUGCUGACUACGUUAGACCGUGAAACAAGGGAUUACUAUCAAUUAUAUAUGAAAGCUAAAGAUGGAGGAAACCCCGUAAAAACUGGUAUGCUUAUGCUCAAUAUCACCGUCACAGAUGUUAAUGAUGAAAAGCCUACAUUUACAAAGGAGCAGUAUGAUGUUAUUAUUAAUGAGAAUAUAACAGUAAAUCAAGUAUUCCUGACAUUAUCAGCUACGGACAGAGAUAUCGGAACCAAUGGUGAAGUUCAUUACAAAUUCAGCUCUUACCAAACUGAUUCUACAGUGUUCUCUCUGUUCGAUAUUAACACAGUUACAACACCCUCUGGAAAUAAAGGGGAAAUAUUUGUAAAGACCUCUUUAACUGUUAUACCUGAAGCACCAUAUAGAAUCAUUGUUGAGGCAUCCGAUAGUGGUACAACUAAGGUACUAAGUAGUCAAGCAGUGGUCACUAUUUCUGUUCUAGACAUUAAUAAUAAUGACCCAAUUAUUGGUGUGACUUUUGUUGACGGAACAGAUUAUGCAUUAAUACCAGAAAAUAGUGCAAAUGGUACAGUGGUGGCAUUUGUACAUGUUGAUGAUGCUGAUCAAGGAGUUAACAGAAUAGCUACAUGCUCUAUAAGUAGCAUUUUUUUUCGUUUAGAAACUUUCGCUGAAAAUGAAUUCAAGAUAUCAGUUCAUGGUUUAUUAGACCGUGAAGAUCGUUAUGAACAUGUAAUAACUGUGUUUUGUUUGGAUGGAGGAAAUCCGAAACGUAAUGCCACCAAAAGUUUUGUAAUACAGAUAGAAGAUGAGAAUGACAACCAACCAGUGUUUACAGAUACAGAGUACAAGCCAAGAAUCACAGAAAACAAACCUCCAUUUACAUAUAUAACUAAAGUAAGUGCUACAGAUGCUGACCAGGGCAAUAACGCUCAGGUUCGAUAUCAACUAGGUGAGGAUGUGCAGAGUGAUUUCCAAAUUGAAUCAAAUACUGGUAUUAUAAAAAGUAAGCGAUCUUUGGACCGUGAGAAGAAAGGAUUUUACUCAUUUUUUGUCUAUGCUGUUGAUAAUGGUGUGAGUAGUUCUCGUACCUCAUCUGUUGUCGUGGAUGUUACUGUGGAAGAUGAAAAUGAUAACUACCCACAAUUCUCAAAGCAGCAUUAUACUUUUGAAAUUACCGAAAACCAGCAAGUACAGGUUGGUCGUGUUGAAGCUAAUGAUACUGAUGAAAUGGACAAUGGUGUCGUCACAUUCCAUAUUAAAGAAGAUAUAAAUUACGUCCCUUUUUCAGUUUCACUAGAUGGCGGGAUAGCUGCUACUGAAGAGUUAGAUCGUGAAGCCAAGGAUCAGUACACUUUUGAAGUCAUUGCCAGAGACUUGGGUAACUUAAAACAAAACAGUAAUGCUACAACUGUAACGGUAAAUGUUUUGGAUAUUAAUGAUAAUGCUCCUGUGUUUAUAUUUCCAAAUUCUACGAAUAAAUCUGUCAGUAUACAGUAUUUGGCAAAUCCUGAUACGUUAGUGACGACAUUAAUAGCAGAAGAUAGUGACGCUGGUAAAAAUGGGACAGUAACUUACAAAUUUAUUUCUGGUAAUGAAGAUAAUCUAUUUUACUUGGAUGAUUAUUCUGGGGAGAUAUUUUUGUCUAGAAAGUUACACAUUUAUGAAAUCAAACCGUAUGAACUGACCGUCUCUGCUGAGGAUCAGGGAAGUCCACAUCAGCAAGUUACACAUGAACUUUUGUGGAUUCAUGUCAAAUUUGUCAAUGUUACUACAGUUGCUAGUUUAACAGAUGCCGGAGCUGGACAGAAUAUUAUCAUUGCUAUCAUUAUAGGGUGUAUAACUGCACUCUUGUCCAUUUUGAUUAUUAUCACAAUUUGUGUCAUUCGUAAAAUGGAUUCUCGGAAACAUAUUUAUAGUGCCAAAUCUGCUGAACAUAUGAGAAUUGUUGAUCUGAAGAGAGGCAGCAGUAAUCGAUCAUCCUCAUCCAAAGGAUCACAGGACCGUAUCAUGGAUGUAUAUGAACUCCCACAGAAAAAGGAAGUUAGUUUCUCAAUAGACGAGGAACAGGAGAAUACAUUAUCUAUGACAUUUCCAUCCACACUGUCUUCAGGGUCUGGAAUGGUCACCUUCAAAUCAAACAGCUCAUUAAAUACUCAGCAAAAUGGACAUGUACCUAACCAUGGCCGUGAUGACAGUCUGACUGAUAGUGGUCAGCAACAGUUACAUAGAAUGACCUCUCUACGUGUACAACAACAAUAUCUACAAACUCAACAGAACGGCAGAGAAAAAUGGAAACAGUCACAACAGCAACAGAGACAGUUGUCCCCAGUGGCUAAGUCUGAGGACAGUGACAUGUCUGCUGUCUCUACUACAGACAGUGGCAAUGGUGGCAGUGAUGAAGAUGUUAGAAAUCAUCCACCAGAAUCAGGUUGUCGCCCUGGUUCUGUAUCUCCAAGACAACACUCUACCACAGAUAGUGCUAUUUCUAGAGACAUCAGUGCUACAAAACCUAUAUUAUCUACUUUUGGACAUCCACAAAAUGGUGGCAUGUCCACAUUUCCACGCAAUCCACAGGGAAAAAAUCAAAUGUUUCAUAAUGUUAGAGACCCUCAUUAUCAUAAUAACUAUGAAGGUGCAAAAAUACAAAGACUUCAUUCAGAUAAUAUUCAUCCUCAUCAACAAUACAUUGACAUUCCACGAGUGCCAUCGGGGGACCUGUUUCAUGGAGAUCUUCAAAGAGCUAACAGAAAUAACAAUUUGACUCGUUCAUAUGAAGAUACUUUAAGUGACAGUUGUGUUUCUCCCCGAGACGAGGAUGACAGAGCUACGACAACAUCGGGAAGUUACACAGUAAACCCUGACGAUCUUUGUACUGAAAUUGAUGAAUUAUUUUUUCGAGAUCGAGGAGAUACAGUAGUAUAGUAUAGAAUGAAUGAAUGAAUGAAGGUUCUGUGAGAGAGUGAGAAAGAGGUUUUUGUAAGUGAACAAAAUAUUUUUAUACAGCAUGUUUGUAUGAGAGAAUAUUGAGGGAAAUUAAUUCCAUGUCUUGCCAAAGAAUUGAAUAGUGCAUAAAUAUUUCGCCACUGCCAAUUGUUGUAUAAGAAGGUCACAUGAUCAUUACCAUAAUGUUCUUACACUUUUAAAUAAGAAGUCAAAUGUGACAUUAAUUUGGGUAAUUAUAAUUUAAAAAAAAAAUAUAAUGUUCAGAAAUAGAAAGUUUUGACAUGUUGGAUGUGUUUUCAGGAAGUCUAAAAAUAAAACUCUAAAUUUUUUGUUUAAUUUCUUUGGUUUACAAUUUAACAAAAAGUGAUGUUUGCAAAAGUGCCAUCUUCCAUUGAUCAUUAUAAGCCAUUUGAUUGGCUGCUUUUGGGCUUCCAAACAUCCUUCAUUUUGAAACUAAACAUGCAGUCACCACGGUAUUCAGUCAGUAGCGAUCAGCUAUACAUAUAUUUCUUCACCAUUUAAUGACAAAUAAGCUCCUUAUAUUUGUUCUGCUUUCCAGCCAUUGAAAUUUUUUAAUUAGAAAAUUGCUGCUUUUGCAUUACAAUUUAAUUUUGAUUGACAUUAAUGAAUUUUUUUUCGUCUUUUGGAAAAAGAAUAUCUGACAUUGGUUGGCAACCAAUCUUUUUUAAGAUACUUUUCAAGAAUUGCUAUUAAUUAUCUGACAUCAAAUAUUCUCUUUUUAAAAAAUUAGAGAACUGAAGGCAGAAUUUCAGGUGUAAUGAGCUUUAAGAUAAAGUGCACAAUAUGAUGUCAUAAUGAAAAAUUGGUCAUGUCUAAAUAGACCCUGUCUAUUUUCAUUUAGUAUACCAAAACACUGUUCUGAUGUGUGCUACAUGUAUACUAAAACAAAAGUUUCCAUUAAAUAAACUUGCUAUGUUACAUUGAAAUCCAGAUUUAAUGAUCUCAGUUAAAUGUUUGUGUUUUGUCCUGAUUGUACAGUAAAUUAUAAUCUAGCACCCGAGUGCCAGGGGGUUGUCAUGGUAACACUGUUGUGAUGUUGUCCAUCUAAAUGGACUUUUUUGUUGAAUCUGUUUGUUAAGAUUAUUUGAACAUUUUUGAAUCACAAAUAUUUUGUAUAGUCAAAUAUUCAUAAGAUAAAGAAAAAUAAAUAUAUGAAAACCUUA